UCCAGGGUUUGCUGAAACAGAGCUGCCGGCGACGGUGACCUGAUCCGUGUGGCCACCCGGGUGGGAGCUGGACCCCCAGCAUGAAGCACUUCUCCAGCAAGCCCUGGGCAGCCUUCGCUCUGCUCUUCUUCACCAUCACGCUCCGGUAUUCCUCCUCAGCAGCAGCUGAAGACGUCUCCAAUGUUUCAUCAAGCUCCAAGCUCACAACUGAGUACGAACCACCAUGUCUUAACGUGAACUUCUGCCCACAAGCGGCCCUGUGCUGCCCAUCGGGUAUGGACGACUACGGAUGGAUCGCAGCAGCCGUCGGCUGGAGCCUCUGGUUUCUGACUCUCAUCCUGCUCUGCGUGGACAAGAUCACAAAACUCCGGCCUGACGAACCCAAAUAUUUGGUAGCCUGAAGCAGGGCAAGACAGCAAGCACCCGGGAGCAGUGGGGUGCAGUCUGACAGAGCAUUUCAAUCACUUCCUAAGAAACAAAAAAGAAAGGGAAUGUACCUUCAGCUAAAAAAGGUCAGAUCUAAGUGGGGCACCUGCUGGGCCUUCACGCUCCAUGGCAGGUAAAGAGCUGUCAGGCAAGGUGUGGAGCAGGCAAGUCCCUCUAAGCUACCACAUGUGUCCCACAGUGCACAGAAAUCCUUUUCCCUGAGCCCUUCCAUGCCCAUUGCGAGUGCAGCACCAGCAAUGAGACCCUGAAGGACCAGCUACCAGUCUACAGGAUAUUGCCUUAGGACAACCCAGUACAUAACCUUUGCCUUUGAAACAGAAAGUGGGCAAAUAAAGCUAUUUUCUGGAGGAUCAGCAUUACCAGAUCCACUACUAAGCUAUGGGGCCAGGUUACAGCAGUAUAUCAGGUGUAACUCAUUCAUUAUACUGAGUCCCUUUCACUUGCUCACCUGCAGCGAAAACUCUGUUAUGGAAACUUCAGAAUUACUUGGGCUAGUUUGAAAUUAAAACUAAUUUUUUUUCAGUGCAGUCUGUAUGUGAACUGUUUUGUAGGAAUUGAAAGUUUAUUCAGCUUGCACCUGCCCAUGUAACAAACCCAAGCCGAACCGUGGCAGGCAGGUUUAAACCAGCAUACCAAUUCAUGCACAAAACUGCUCCUAUUUAUGCAAGAUGAUAAUAAACAUCCUUA